GGCGCGGUCUCGCUUGUCUCUUCAGCUCAGCAGAAUCUGUUCAUCCCGAGACGGACAAGAUGGCGAAGUGAGUGGGUUGCGCUUUGAGAAGAAAGCAGCGACUCACCUAUUUUUCUUCAACGUUAAAUCGUUGGUUGACUAGAUGUACUUUAGAGUAAGCGGGUAAGACGACAUCGUUAAGAAGAGAAAUCGCCUCUCGGAGCGAGGUGAUUCGAAGAGAGCGUCGAGGACAUCGACUCCUCCGUGUCCUUUCUGGCUAAGCUGCUAGUCAGCUACUCGGGUAACUGCUCGAGCGAAAAAAGAGCCACAUCCACAGGGGAAAUAGUCUUGUGUGUGUGUGUGUGUUUUUUUUUUUUUUUUUUUUUUCCUCAACAAUUACGUUGAAACCAAUGUUCGUUUCGUCGGUGUGAGUUGUUAAGGACUCGGCUAGCGAAGAAGAUCAGUGUUAAGCUAGCUAGCAUUGUUUCGACUGGACUGUGUCUUGACGAGAGAAAAACGCCAAAACUUCUCCCCUUCACACAGGUUCAGAGCAUUUCUCUGAUUUUUUAGGACAUGGCCAGCAGCAGUGGCUCGAAAGCCGAAUUUAUAGUCGGUGGGAAAUACAAGCUUGUUCGCAAAAUCGGAUCUGGAUCCUUUGGUGACAUUUAUUUGGCAAUCAACAUCACAAAUGGAGAGGAGGUAGCUGUGAAAUUGGAGUCACAGAAAGCCAGACACCCACAACUCCUGUAUGAAAGCAAAUUGUACAAAAUUCUCCAGGGAGGAGUCGGGAUCCCACACAUCAGGUGGUAUGGCCAAGAAAAGGACUAUAAUGUCCUAGUGAUGGACCUGCUGGGGCCAAGUCUGGAGGAUCUCUUUAACUUCUGUUCCCGUAGAUUCACAAUGAAAACUGUCCUUAUGCUUGCAGAUCAGAUGAUCAGCAGAAUCGAGUAUGUGCACACAAAAAACUUCAUCCACAGAGAUAUCAAGCCAGACAACUUUUUAAUGGGUAUUGGCCGUCACUGUAAUAAGUGUUUAGAAUCUCCAGUGGGGAAGAGGAAAAGAAGCUUGGCUGUUAGUUCUUCUCAGGACCCAUCUUUCUCAGGAUUAAACCAGCUGUUCCUCAUCGAUUUUGGUCUGGCCAAGAAAUACAGAGACAACAGGACACGACAGCACAUACCCUACAGAGAAGACAAAAACCUCACAGGCACAGCUCGAUAUGCCAGCAUCAACGCACAUCUGGGCAUCGAGCAGAGUCGUCGAGAUGACAUGGAGUCACUAGGAUACGUUCUGAUGUACUUCAACAGAACCAGCCUGCCAUGGCAGGGACUGAAGGCUGCCACAAAGAAACAGAAGUAUGAGAAGAUUAGUGAGAAAAAGAUGUCGACCCCUGUCGAGGUGUUGUGUAAGGGGUUCCCAGCAGAGUUUGCCAUGUACCUGAACUACUGUCGUGGGUUGCGGUUUGAAGAGGCACCUGACUAUAUGUACCUGCGUCAGCUUUUCCGCAUUCUUUUCAGGACUCUGAACCACCAGUAUGACUACACAUUUGACUGGACCAUGCUGAAGCAGAAAGCAGCACAGCAAGCAGCCACCUCAGGGGGACAGGGGCAACAGGCACAAACCCCCACAGGCAAGCAAACUGACAAACCCAAGAGUAACAUGAAAGGUUUCUAAGCAUUAAGACAAUGUAAUGAAGCAGAGCAGAGAGGCCGUAGCAGGAUUUGCCUUCCAAUCACACCCCGGCAUCUAGGAUCAAAUUCACCAGAACCUGCCAGGCACUGUGGGCAACCUUUUUCCUGUUAAAAAAACAAAAAAACUUUUGGUCCAUAUACUAUAUAUGUAAUUGGUAUAUAUAGAUAAGAUGCUCUGCAUAUAUCUAUAUAUUGGUAUGUAUAUACUAUAUCCACAAAGAGCAGGCUUGGUUUGGAGUUGGAAGCUGUAGCCUUUUCUAUUGUCCUGUUCCUUAAGACUUUUUGCCCCUCCUUCUUUGAAACUGAAAACUGUAGAAAAUGGUUGACUUGCUGGGGAUAUAAUUGUGCACAUGCCAAUAUUUUCCCGAGUUUAUUCCUUCAGGAAUGCUGUUCGGGGUCCUUCCUCAAUUCUUGGUUGCUCAUCAGAGCAGUUUUGACCCACUUUGCAUUUUCAUUCUUUUUUCGUCACCGAGCGUGGCAUGAACCCAGACACAUUUUCACUCUUCCAAUUUUGUUUAUCCCUCAAAGAAAGUGAGACAUCUAAGAUUAAAUCUGUUAUUGUUUCAAAUGUAUCUAAAUAAUUAAGACAAACAUUGGAUUUCUUUUCUAAAAAGGUAAUUACGAUUCUGCCUGCUGAUGUGUGUUAGAGAGCUUCUAAUGUGAUUUAAAAAACAUUCUAGUGACUACUAGGUUUCUCUUUAGAAUGCUGCAUUAACUAUAUUGUACUUGGUAUUCUGAAGUCUAAAAAAUAAAUAAAAGCAUAAAUUCCACAAAAGCAUAUUCAUUACAAAUUAGGCAUCUGUCAACUAAACAUGUUAAUUGCUUAGAUAAAAACCAUUGUGUGCAUCAAUGAUCUGGGUUUUAUUUUUCUCUUUUUAAAAAUGUUCAUGUUGAUCUAGAAAGUAUUGCUAUGAUAGCCUCCAUGUUCUGUUUUGAGAGAAAAAUGUGCUCACUCCACCCUUACCAUUACCAUUUUUGUAUUCAUAUUUUUUUUUUUUUUUUUUUUUUUUUAUCAGAAAAAAGUUAUACUUUUUCAGUUUUAUAGAGUUGUCUUUCCCUGUAUUGAAUCGAUAAUUUUGGGAAAAGUGUUUCUGUUGCUUCUUCCUGUGGUGAAGCAGAUCCUCUUGUAAAAUAUCUCUGGGACUUUCUCUCUGCAACAAUUUUUUGCUGCUGUUCAGUAGCGGCCAUUUGCUCUUGUUUCCUUUUUUUUUUUUUUUUUUUUUUUUGCAAAAAGUGUUGGAGGGUUUCUUUUCUAAUAGUUUUGUUUCUUGUGAGGCAAGAGCAGUUUUUUUUUUUUUUUUUCUCCCCUCAGUCUUUAGCCACAACAAAUGCACACCAGUAACCUGGCUUUUUUGUUUUCCUUACCUCCAAACUGUCCCUCAGAACCAGCUUCAAGUACUUUACAGCUGGACAUUCUAUAAAAGUGUAAUUUAUUCCCUUUUAGCAUGUCAGAAUAAAUUAAAAUGACUUCUCAGAACUACUGUCCCAGUCUCCGUAAUUUUACGGGAAUUCAAACAAGUCAGACCGCUGAUAUUUUUUCCCCCCCAUCCCUUUUUCAUUUGUUCAGGUAUCAGUCUGUAGUCUGCACAUUUGUUAGCUACCACAACCUGGCAUCAAACUUUAUUGUUUCUGGAACUGAAAUGCUUUUAAGACUGAGAAGGCAAAAUGCUUUGUUCUCAAAAAUAAAUGUAAACUUUGAAUGAUUUUGUCUCAAGUGGGACAGCUUGGAAAUGAUCUAAAGCUAUUGCUGUAUCCCAGGAAAGCAAUUCCUGUGCAAUUGUGGGGGUGGUGGGUAGUUCUAGGUGCUCGUGGUGUUUUCAGUUUCCAGGAUUUAUAUCUGUAAAUAUUAAAAUGGCUUCAAA